GUCAAAACCCUCCGCGUCUUGUCCCCCUCGAUAUCACUAGAACGAAACCCAGAAUACUGUCGGCGGAGCCUCGCGCGUCUCUCUGCUGCCCGGGAUUCCUGCCGACGAAGAUGUAUCUGCAGUUCUACAUAAACGAGAAUGGGGACAAGGUGUACACCACCAAGAAAGAGUCGCCGGUAGGGAUGGCAACCCAAUCCGCUCAUCCAGCUCGCUUCUCCCCAGAUGACAAGUAUUCCAGGCAACGGGUGCUUCUGAAGAAACGGUUUGGGUUGCUUCCAACCCAGAUGCCAUCCCCAAAAUACUAGGUUCUUUGCCCCCCAGCUCAUAGCUGUUGACUGCAGCAGAUAUGAUGAAGUUGAUCUAUUAACAUUACAAAAAUUCUAAGCUUUCUGUGUGACUAAGUUGACUAUGGCCUGUAUUGUGCAACCAUUACGUUCAAAACUUGCUGCAGACAGUUUGCAAUGAGUUUAAAUCAAUUAUGGUGAUAACAAAAAGUACCUGAUGCAUAUUGAGUAAUGUACUUGUAGGGAAUGUAUUGACCACUUCUUUGUCAA